AAAAAAGGAAAAGUAAGAAAAUGAUUAAAGAAUUGUUUUGUGAAGUGAAGAACUAAGUUAGUGAAGAUGAAGAGUAUUAUCUUUGUGUUGGUUUUAGUGUUAGUGCACAGUUGUUUAAGUGGUGAUGCUGAGAAUUUUACGAGCUCAAUCUGCUCAGACGAGAACAACAUCCUCCUAGUGCCAGGAGUGCUCACAGCCAGCAGCAGCAACCGCGCAUGCGUGUCGAGGUUCCACACUGACGGCCCGGCCACCGUGCUGGUACAAAUACUGGCUCCCAACCAGCUCGUUGUCACCGCUAGGAGGGACCUUCCACCAGGAGACGGAGGAUGCAUCGAUAUCAGCGUGCCGCAGAUGCCUAAUACGAAAGCUGAUUUAUUUGUCAGUGUAGAAUACCCAGUCCAGUCAUGCACGUGGUCACAACGCGUGUCUCUCCGUGUUGGGUCCGGUCGAGCGCUGGUGGUCCAGCCGGAGCGAUAUCGCUACCGACCCGGAGACACGGUCCGCGCUCGAAUCCUCGUCUUCAAACACGACCUCACGCCAGCCAGAAGUACUUCUGUAGACGAGGUCUGGCUGGAGACGCCCCAGGGAGCGGUGGAGUGGCGAGCCCCUCACGCCGCCCAGUGGCACGAUGUCCGCACUCGACUUGGUAUAGCGCAGGUCCAAUACUCCAUGGAUGACCAGGCGCCGUUUGGACUGUGGACUGUGCGGGCUAGACUUGCUGACGGCACACAGGCAUCAGCAAAGGUUGUAGUGGGGGAUUACAAGCUGCCUCCAUUCCAACUGAGCGUGCGCCACUCACGUCAAGUUCUGAGGACCAGUGAGAGACUCGUAUGGACAGUAUGUGUGCGGUACCCCUGGACCGAAGCAGUGGAAGGCAUGCUAGUGAUCCGCAUAAGAGGCGCGUCGGACGUCGGCGCAUACACCAGCUCAGGCAUCCGUACUGCGGUGCGCCUGCGCACGCCGCAUGCCUGCCACCGCCACGCCGCAGCCGCCAGGAGGAUCGGCCUGAGCGGCGCCAACCCACCUCAAGUUGUCAUAGCUGACUUUUCUUUCCAAGAAGACGGAACUAGAACGUGGCAGAACACGACAGCUAUCACGGUGGUGGUAGACAAGGCUGUUACUUUGGAGUUUCUCACGAAGAAUCGAGCUGUCGUCUCUCCAGGCCUCCCCUACAAACUAAAGGUAAAAGCAACCCGCUGGGACGACAAGCCAGCAGCCAACACGAUGGUCCGAGUGUGCAAGUCCUCAGCUAAAAGCACAGAAGCCAGCGACGGUGACUGCAGCCAGGCAGUCACUGACGGCAGUGGUGUCGCCAGAGUCAUAUUCACCGCUGGAGACGACGGCACUGCUAUUUAUAAGUUUGAGGCCACCCUGCACAACGACACCUCAACAGCUGCGUAUCCCCUAUUCCUGCCGGUACAACGCGCAGGUCACGUCAGCGCAGCCCUAGGUCCGCUUCGAGCUGAUCCAAAUGGAGGGAGAACAUACGCGCCCCUCUACUUGAAUGUCAAGAACGUCAGCAUGGCUAUCACUGUGCAUUUCGUGGUUAUAAGUCGAGGAGGCGUCAUCUACAGAUGGGGAGCGACCACGCAGUGUCCUGUAGCCAACUCUGCCGACCAGAUCCAAAACUUAUCCAGGAAUAGUCCUUGCCCAAGUUUCGACACAAACCGAUUCGCUAUGAACAGCCUCGUCGCCAACGCUUCGGAUGCUCUGCUAGAUAGAUAUCUUCUAAGAGUUACGCUGCCUAUAAGAAUGACCCAUCAGAUGUGUCCAGAUAGCCAUCUCGUGGCUUACUUCUAUUUGAAUGGGGAGCUCGUCAGUGCCAGCAAGCAUAUUGAGAUGGAAGAAUGUUUUGCUAAUAAGGUGGAAGUAUCAUGGAGCGCUCGUCAAACCGCUCCAGGGUCGAUGGUUUCCCUCAACCUCACCACCCCGGGACCAGCGCUUUGUGCUGUCUCCGCCCUGGACACAGCGGCCAAAUGGAACAAACCAGGGGAAACCCUCAAGGAUAUGAUUUUAGGAUCCCUGAAAAAGCUGAUUGGAGGACACAGGAAUCUUACUGAGUACGAUGCUGCUGGACAAUGCUUUUUGACAUCAGAUUCACCAGAUCUCCCAACCAGCAGCAGUGAGUUAACAGUAGCGUGGCUAGCGUCUGCCGGAGUGAGGAUCGUCGGUGGAAACAUUCCGAAGACUAGAACCUGUUCUCCAAGCCCUAUGCCGCUGUCUGCUGAAGAACGGAACUACCCUAGGGUUCAUUUUCCUGAGUCAUGGCUUUGGCGUCUCGUGACUGUAGGCGCCAAUGGGUCAGGAGAGACGAGCGCUCACGCUCCCGACUCCAUCACCAGAUACGAAGCCACGGCCGUCUGCGUUGCCAAAACUGGCAUAUCUGUGUCGGCUCCUACUGUAUUGCAGGUGUUCAGAGAAUUUUUCAUCCACGCUGAUGCUCCUCGGCGACUCAGGCGUGGCGACACCUCUAUCAUCAGAUAUCGACUCUUCAACUAUCUUUAUGAACCACUCAGCGUCCAAAUCCAAAUCCUAACGGACCCGCACUUGGAAGGUCCACGAGACUACGUGGAGGCGGCGUGCGUCGGCGCACGCGCCUCUAUCGCCCGGCGCGUGGAGGUGCGCGCGCGCCUGCCCGGCGCCGCCCGCGUCAGUAUACGAGCCAAGUCUGUCAAAGAUGGCGGCUGCGCUAAUGUCACUACUAGUAAAACUGGAGCUAGUGACGAGGUGAUAAUCCAAAUGACAGUCGACCCUGAAGGUGUACCAGUUCAAGAUCAGAAGUCUGUACUGCUCUGUGGUAGAGGUAGUUUAGAAUCCAACUCAUUCCAAGUGCAAUGGAACUGGCCUCCAGUUCAAGCGGUGCCCGGCACGGAGGCUCUCACCGCCUGGGCUAUUGGAGAUUUCACUGGACCUUUACUUGCUGACGCAGAUGAUUUAGUUCUUCUACCCCGCGGCUGUGGUGAGCAGAACAUGGCCCGACUGGCCACCAACUUACUAGCAUUGAAGCACCUGGACCCCAACUCUUCAGCAGCUUUGUCUGCUAAGGAACACGUUGCAAGAGGGUUCACCCGUCAGCUUCAAUACGUGCAUCCUGCUGGAGGCUUCAGCGCUUUCGGUGAACGGGAUGCUACUCCUUCCACUUGGUUGACCGCUUUUACCGUUCGGUAUCUGAGAAAAGCACACAAGACGCUGACACCAGACAUGCAAGCACCUCCUGCCUUGGACAGCGCUGAACGCUGGCUACUUGAUCAGCAGAUGGAAAAUGGAUGCUUCAGGAAUGAAGGACAGGUCUUCCAUAGAGAACUGAGAGGAGGAUUAAACGAAGAAGGCGAGAUAGCCAGCGUGGCGCUGACUGCUUACGUUAUCACAUCCUUAGCUGAAGGAUCCGUUCUACCAGCUCGCGUCCUUCGCAACGCUCUCUCGUGUCUUAGAGCGCUUCCUCCUUUGAAAACCAAAUCCCCAACAAGAGUAUAUGCUCAUAGUCUUCUGGCAUACACUUUCAUGAGGCUAAGAAAUUAUGAGGAUGAAGUGAGAGGGGUGAAUGAGGCUGGCCUUUGGAAGGCGAGAGACGGAAAAGUGGAAUGGCUGCAGCAAGAUGAGGAAAUGAGAGAGCUGUUGGAGCUUCUAAGGAUCGCUAAGAGGAAUGGGGAUUUCGUUUGGUGGGAGACUGGCAGCCUAGCGACUUCAAUAGAAGCGACAGGCUACGCGCUCCUGGCGCUAUCAGGGUGCCCAGCCGAGCUGAGAGACACGAGCUGCGCACACGACGCGCGCGCCGCCAUACGCUGGCUGUCGACGCAUAGGAAUUCCGCUGGAGGAUUUAUUGCCACACAAGAUACCCUAGUAGCUCUAGAAGCCCUCACAGCCUGGUCGUCAGUCCAUCCCUCAACACCCACCAACUUGAACGUAACAGCUCGGAGCAGCACAACUGUGAAGACAGUCGCCCUGCAGCCAGGAGUCACGGUGCCUGAUGUCAUGAAGAUGGGCUCUGGGGAUCAUCUUAGUAUUUCUGUUGAAGGCACCGGCUGCGCGUUGGUCCAAGCGACACGCUCAUACAACUCAUACACGACCGAGUCAAGUGGUGACAAGGUGCUGUCAGUGGAGGCGACCGUCCACACCGACGGUGCCUUCGACUGUGCCAACAACACCAACUGCUACUGCGCUGCUGUUGUUGAAGUAUGUGUCCUGUGGAGCGGGUCCUUCCCGGAGAUGGCGCUGCUGGAAGUAUCGCUGCCGGGAGGGUUCGCAGCUGACGUUCAGAAGCUGUACCAACAGCUCAGCGAAACAGAUACUUUGCUUCGCCGUAUAGACCUUACUUCCUCCAGUGCCAAAGUGACCUUCUACCUAGGCACCCGUGAUGGCAGCUCGACCCUCGGUCGUGGAGGCCAUCAGUGCUACAAACUGCACGCUGUGGGCCCGCAGACGAAGACCAAGCCAGCAUAUGCUCGUGUUAUGGACUAUUACAGGCCUGAGGAUAAUGACACACGGAUGUACACUAUCCCAGAGGAAUGUCUUCCAAGAAUAAUUCACGAGUCCAACAGCUACUUGGCUUCGGACAACUUGUUCGACAAAGCCAAGUCUCUGGCAGACAACGACGAGAUAGUAAUUACCCAUGAGUUCUCUUUCGAUGACAUUCCUGAGGGUAUACCUCUCGAAGACCCUCUAUAUGAGAAUCUUACGAAAGCCAAAGAUGAAGCAGAGUUAAUUAAAAUCAAAGAAGAUCAAAGAAAUGAGACCCUCGUCAAAUCAAUGAAGGAAGUUGAUGAAGUAAUGUCGCUUGAUAUUCGAUCACUUGAGAAAGGUAUUGAUAAUAAUAACAAAGAGAAAAUUACAAAUAAUCCAAUAAGUAAAACUCAUAAAAUUAAUGGCAAGCUAGCGUUCGAUGAAAGUAAUGAUAAUUCUAAAUUGAAAACUGGUUUAAUUAGAGAAAACAAAUCCAUCAAUGAAAAAAAUACGGAUUCUGAAAACGUAAAACUUGAUGAUGACAAUGAGAUACCAAAGACCGAAUACAUUGACCGUCAAGCCAGUGUUAUUACAGAUGAAGUGAAGAUGGAGCUUAAGGAAUCGGAAACUAGACAAGAAAGUGACAUGGAGAGAGAAGUGGAGAAUCCAAAUCUGGCUGGUUUUCACGUGAUAGAUAGUGAUAAAGACUUAGAAGUCCCUGAAGGACAGGAAGGGCCUAUUCCAGCCGUUGUCUUGCCGCCACCGCCAUUCCAGCCAAGAGGAUAUCUUUACCCGACAGGUAAUCCUUACGUGCCUUGGCGCAGGUCAACUCCCGAGCAAUUAAUGAUGUUCCGGCCAUAUGAACCGAGGAGAUACUUCCUACAACCCGGCUAUGACGUUCAUUAUGUCAAUAAUAGGUAUCUUAGGAGAUACAGUUCUGCUGUUGGAUAGAUUUAUUAUUAUUAUUCAUGUAAACCCUAGUUUAAGUGAAACAUUUCUAGAUAUUGAGCUUGGACUGCGUAUGUUAGUUGGUAAUAUAAUGGUGAUAAUUCCUGCAGACGCCAUCUAAUUUUAUUUUAAGUUAUAUCUGUCAUUUUCUUAUCUCUUGAAAAAAAAAGGUAAUCGACAGGCAUAAAAUUUAUGGAACCACAUCAAUCUUAAGCAGAAAUCCGAAACAACCGUCUAAAAAAUUUACAUCGGCCAAUAACCCGACAGAGUUAAGUAGACAACACAUCAAACGAAUUACAUACCAACGAAAUGCCUAUUUUAUUCGCCCGGGUUAUUCAUUCGUUUUAAAAUUAACUUGUUGACAAUCAUCCGUCCCUUUCCUCUUCGGCGGAUAAGAAAAUGAGGGGUAUAACUUAAAAUAAAAUUAGGAGGUGUCUGCAGGAACCGGGGCCCUACCUAUUAUGUUGUAUUGAAUAAUUGAGGAUUUUCUGAGGUCUUUCGCACUUGACAUUUGGAAGGUUCUAGCGGUUAGGAUAAGGUCUCCAAUCUAUCCUAUAGUAUUUACCCGACUGCAUCAUCCCCCUAGCAUUAUCCCGUUUUUUAAAAGGUCCGCUUACCUAACCUGAAGAUUUGACACGUGAAGAGUAUACCAGUCCAAUGGCACACAAUAGCCCGAAAUAUCAUCAUAAUUUUUAUUCACGAGUCAUGCGCUGUGCUGGUCUCUACGCUUCUUCUGUUUUGCAGUACCAUUAACAGUCCUUUCGAAUAUCACCCAUAAACAACCCACUAUUUACCUUGUGUCCUUUCCUCAGAUAACGAACGGUAAAAGCGAAGGGAAUACCAGCCCAAUACAGGUUAGGUCACCUACCUCCGAAAUACAUUUCUUAGGAAUGUGGGUUUCCUCGCGAUGUUUUCCUUCACCGCUGAGCACGAUCUAACCAUGAAUUCGAAAACAAAUUCGUAAAACAUUGGUUUAGGCCUAUGCUGGGAUUCGAACUGGCCAAAUAUUUACCCGACUGCGGCGAAGCAAAAAGUAGGGUUAUGUGUUUGACACCUAAUAAGUGUGUUAAUGGUAAGCAAACUCUUAGGAUAGAUUGGCAUAGGACCACGGCUAUCUCCUGAAACAUCACUAUUCGAAAGAAUUUAAAUGAAAUAGGUAAUUUUCUUGUUUCUCACUUUUUAGAGCGUGAUUUUUCCGAAGUUCAUAUUCAUAUUCAUUUAAUCAUUGCAAAGUCACAAGUAGUUAGGUGUUACAUACAUGGUAUUAAGUUGGGUUUUAGUUUCUAAGCAAUUUAAAAGCAAUUUUUUUAUUAGUUUUGUGAGUUAAGUUUGGUGCUGAAGGAAAAACGCAGUCCAUGCCCAAUGUUUAUUAAUUAUGUUUUCAAUAGAAAAUAUGCCAGAGCAGCAACAAAAUAAGAUUCACUGUUUAUUGCUAUCUAAGUAGAGGUAUAAGUACCUAUUUACUUCAAUCAUUUUGAAAUGAGUGUAUAUCAAAAGGAGGAACAAGUCACCUCGUAGCUAGAACUAUCCUUUUUCUAUCGGAAUCCAAUUUUUCACGAAAAAAUAAUAUGAAACUUCGCCACCAAACUUGACAUUUUGAUAUUCACCCAAAUAGUGAAAAGCCAAUGCUUUUCGGCACGUUUUCCUUUUUUGAGAUAUCAGACUGAUAUUCAAUCUUCAUUAAAUUAUUUAUAAGCAUUUAUUUAUAACUUUUGUUGUCGCUCUGUAAAACGUAACAUGAUUAGAAUGGCAUAUAUUUUGUCUCUUUCGUAGGUACUAAGCGAUAUACUGUAGGUAUCUCUGUUUUUCCGAUUUAUGUUACGUUUUACAAGGUACUUAUAGAGAUAGGUACAUGAGGACCGCAUUGCUAACUUGCAACCUCGAUAUCACAAGUGUAACACGACUUGCAAGUAAGUAAGUUUGCAUGAAACAAAUAUUGAUAUCACUUAUCUACUGUAAAGACGUUUGAUACAAACUCUAAGGCAGCUAAAAAGAUAAGAUUUAUUAUUGUAUUAACGAGUGAGUUCAUUGCGUAGCGUCAUGACUAAGUACUGAUUAAUAAUACAGUCGAAU